CCUGGGUUGUAAGACGGACCAAAACAAAGUGUAACACACAGUGUCGAAGCGGCCAUGAAGAUGACGGACCAAAACAAACCUGAGAGCCCAGAAGCUUCUAUGGAAGACGUCAGAAGCCUUAUCAAGAAGAAAGACGACAUCGAAGAGCAAAUUCAAGCUUACUACGACGUCCUGGAAGACCAAGGUGUCGGGCUCGAGGCUUCCUUGGUGGACACAGAAGGUUACCCGAGGUCUGACGUCAACUUGUACCAGAUAACAACCGCCAGACACAGUAUUUCAUGCCUGCAAAACGACCACAAGGCCAUCAUGGUGGAGAUAGAAGAAGCCUUACACAAGCUGCACGCCCGAGAGAAGGCCAAGAGGCGUCGCGAUGAGACCGAAGCCCGGGAGGAGGCCAUGGAGCUGCAGGUCACGCUUCCUCCCGCCUUCGCACGCGUGAAUUCCGUCAUACAGGGCUCGCCCGCCUCUGAAGCUGGCCUCAAAGACGGCGACGAAGUCGUUGAGUUUGGAUCGGUGAACCCGGGGAACUUUCAGAGCGUCUACAAUAUUGCCUCUGUGGUGCAGCAUAGUGAAGGGAAGCCGCUACGGGUGACGGUGAUCCGGGGAGGUCAGAAAGCUCACAUUAGCCUGACUCCACAGAGGUGGUCUGGCAGGGGUCUGCUGGGGUGCAAUAUUAACCCAAUCCCUCGGUGAUGAUCACAGCAUGACAAUAAUGUCUUUGAAGCUUCUUGCUCAAAAGGGUGUUUUCUUUUACCAAGGAAUAAACCUUGCAACCUUUA